UUCAUAAUCACACCAUCAACUGAAAUACCUCCCAAUUGGCUCUCUCCGUCUCCACUUUGCGCCCGUUCUACCGAAAAAAGAAAUCUCUCUCUCCAUAUAUAAUACACACACGUUUCUCUCUCUAAAUUGAUUGAUCGGAGAAGGGGAAGGAGGAGAAGAAGUGAUGGGACGGAGAAGGGGGUCGCCUGUGAACAAGCUAUUCGCAUGGGUACGGAGGCAGUCCAUGAAGGUGAAGACCUUCUUAGCCGUUACGACUGUGCUCUGUUCGCUGGUGGCUCUCAAACUUCUUGUCAAAAAUCACAACCACUUCUUCGUUGCCUCUGAAGCCAUUCAUGUUGCUGGCAUCGUGGUCUUGAUCUACAAGCUCGCCGCUCAGAACACUUGUUCUGGCCUUUCACUGAAGACUCAGGAGCUCACAGCUACAUUCCUAGCUGUAAGAUUGUACUGUAGUUUUGUCAUGGAAGGUGACAUUCAUACCGUGCUUGAUUUUGCAACACUUGUCUCAACUGCAUGGGUUAUAUACAUGAUAAGAUUCAAAUUAAAGUCAACCUACAUUGCUGAGCUAGACAACUUGCGCAUAUACUAUAUGGUAGUGCCUGCUGCUGCUCUUGCAUUACUUAUUCAUCCAUAUACACAUCAUUUACGCAUCACCCGAAUUCUUUGGGCAUUUUGUGUGUACUUGGAAUCUGUUUCAGUUAUGCCGCAGCUUCGCCUAAUGCAGAAUGCUAAGAUGGUUGAACCAUUUACAGCCCAUUAUGUAUUUGCAUUGGGUGUUGCAAGAUUCUUGGGAUGCGCUCACUGGAUCAUUCAGGUUUAUGAUACUGCUGGUAAUUAUCUGUUCUUGCUUGGAGGUGGAUACUUUUGGCUACCAAUGGUUCUCCUCUCAGAAAUCGUUCAAACAUUUAUCUUGGCUGACUUCUGUUACUAUUACGUCAAGAGUGUAUUGAAUGGUCAACUUCUAGUGAGCCUGCCUCCUGUGUAGAAUACUGAUUAUGAACCAUGGAAGAAGGUGUAGCAGUGAACAUUUCAUCUUUAACAUGUAGAGGCAUUAAGCAAAAGCUUUCAUGCUUUUGUUCAAACAAAAUGUGUUACCUUUCUCUUGUCAAUGUUACAGUGUCCAUUAACUUGCUGGUUGUGUUAAUAUUAUUCAUCUUUUGCA